UGCCCCCCAUUCGUUGACUUCCUUUUUUUGUGGAUGGUUUUCGUUUGGAUUUGCGAUUCUGUCCAGAAAAGUAAGCAAAAUCGAGUGUCUUUUCCGAAAUUUCCAGCCCAAGCCUUCCUGGAGACCUCCAGCCGGAUCCGUGAAGUGUAUCCGUGCCAACUGCGAUGAGGGAAUUUGUGCGUUCGCAGCAGACUAUGAAAAAUGUUUUAGAUGCGCUUCCAGAAAGUUUGUCAUUUAUCGGACAACGUCGCCCGUAAAUCUGGAAGGAACCCAGUACGUGCAACGCAGAUCGCUAGAAUAGAGGAAAGUAAACGAAUCGAGAAGGGCCUCUAAAUCGUGUAUAAGCCCACAAUCAGUGAACCAACAACCAGGAGGACCAGGAGGAGGCCAAAAGAGUGAUUUACCAGCAACAACAGCAGCAGUACCAGAAUCGCGAACCCCUCCUCACCCUACGACGAGGUGACUCUUGAUUCGCUUUGCUUCCUGCUCCGCUGAAGCGUCUCGAGAAAACAUGUAAGAUUUACGACUAUCAUUGACGAACAAGGCCGGGGGGCCACCCGCUCGUUAAUCGGUUGAACUCGUUGUGCGUGCGUUGUGUGGCCUGGAAACCAGCCUUGGAGCAGGUUUGUCGCAGAUCGUAGCAAUCGCGGCCGUCGUCGUCGUUGUUCUGUUGAGCGAGUGCGAUACCAAAGAGAGCAUCGAGGCAAUCGAGGCAAUUAGUCUCGUUGAUGAAUCACAAGUGAAGUCUAAUCUCAACCCCGAUCACCUCGUGUCCGAUUAUAUCGAUGGAAAAAGGAGUCUUGCCUCCCGAUCGCACCCCGUCUCAACCUCUACGAGAUGACGACGAUUUUGACCUGCAUACGCGAUGAUGGUAUGUUGUUGAACCAGGAACACCAGCGGGUCCGCUCGCUGGAACAAUGGAAAAGCUCGAAUCGAAACAUCCGACGACCGUACCGCGACCAUCGCGACUUAACGAUUCCGAUUCGAUUCUUCGAUUGCUUCCCGUUUGUCAACGAUUACUGUGGUAAAGAGGAAAAUGCUGCAUGCUCCCCGUUACUACGACAACGCCGGUUCUGGGUCUACCUCGACGCUCCUUCUGCUCGUAGUGAGCCUGCUGUUGUUUUGCUGUUUCGACGUCUAUUUGGCCUCUCCCACGACCGUGUACGACAGUUUCCUGCCCAAUAAUGGGUUACCUAGUGCGGACGUGCGACGGGAAGUCGUGAGACCGGGGGAAAACGAACAACAGCCGGAGCUCCCUGUACCACAACCACCGGUCCAACAACAGCUACUCGGUUCAGCGGCAGGAGGUGGCGGCAGUGUAACCUGGGUCCCUUGGUACGGACUGACAGAACCUGCCGAUAUUGUGCUGCUGGCCGGUUUGCUAACCGUCGCCGUGCUCGGUGUGCUUGUGUUUGCGGUGCUGGUUAUCAACUUGCGAGCUAAAGUUCGUCAAGCGAUACGCGAUCGUGAAGAAGGAUCGGAGGAACGGCUUCGAUUGCGAACGGGUCCGGGGCUCACCGCAUCCAACCGAUUCGGUCUGCUAGAGCUCAGUGUGACCGGAAAGGUCGGGGGAAGGGAAAGUGUAUCGAAAGUGCGUGAACCAGCGCAAGGUGUUGUACUGAUAGAGACAGUUAAACCGGUGCCAGUGAGUUGUGUAGCCGUAAAGCGUAACUGUGGGAGAGAAAAUCCACCUCCUGCGGACACCCGAGACGGUCCGUAUCGUGGCGUUAAGCGUAUCGAACAGCAGCUCAAUCUUUCGGAUAAGCAACCAUCCGGGACGGUCGCAACGCAACGGAAACGACAUAUACCACCGGAAGCGGUGACCAUGAGUGCGAUUGGAACGACACUCGAGUCUACCAAUCAACUACCAUCGCCAGUGCCCCAACAAAUAACACCAGCAACAGCAGCAGCGGAAGCCAUAGCUACCACCGUGAGUCUAGUUGGCGAUAAUAAGGAACAGUGUUUGCAGCAACUACAACCAAUCACCGAUGAUAAUUCACUGCAAUCGCAGCAACCGCAGCAACAACAACCACAGCAACCACAUCCACAACAGCAAACCAGAAAUCAACGGAAUGUGCUAAAGCGGCAAGCGGUGGCGGAGAUAUCGCUCACUGGGCCGCUCUCCUCCGUUAGCUCACCAAAUACAGCCUACAUUCAGUUGCUCACUCCUUCCUCGGCUUCCUCGCUCUCUUCGUCUGCCACGACCACCGACAAUAAUGCAACCCCGACGAAGACGGGCAGCGGUGGCCCGCUGUCGGGGACCGAUGGUCCGAUGGCAGCACGGUUCGGUUUUUCACCCCGCUCCAUACACUCGUUUCCGGUGCCGACGGCCACGUACUUCCGGUUUCCCGAUGUGGACGAUUUUACUCCGACACCGCGCACGAUCGUGAAACCGUCGGCGAUCGGCGAUGGUGAUUCCUCCUCUACCCCACCGGCCGUCGAUGCGUUCAGUGAUCCUUCGGAGCGGGAUCCCGUAGUCGUGCCGCCUCCAAAGAAAAGCUCCCCACCUGUUGUGGCGCAGCCAGCAGCGUCCGUUGCCGAGGUGCGAGCUCCGCAGCCUGCUUCACCGUCAGUACAACCGCCAGAAGUGGAGAAGGAAGAACCAAAGAAUGAUGAGAAACAACCGAUAGCGGAAGAGGCAUUAACAAUAAAGGAACAACCAAGGGCUGUCGAGGAGGUUCGGAGUACGGCACGAAUGUGCGCUCCUUUGGCUAAUCGGCGCGUGCGUCUCAAGUCGAUCUCUCUCGACUCGGAAGGUGCACGGUUAGUCGAAGAGAAUCUGACCUCUACCAUCCCGGUGCAGGAACUCGUUGGAAUUGCACAACAGAGGGGAAAAGGAUCGGCCGGAGUGAGUGGUGUCGGUUCGGCGGGCCGUCGCUUCGAUUGUGUGCUGGAUGAUAAUGAGGAAGUGGUGGAUGAUGAUGAUGAUGAUGACGAUGACGACGAUAGGGAGCAUAACUAUGAGACUGAUAGUGGAGCGGGCGGACGUUGGCCAGCCCGCACGAAGCGGGUACGGAACAUUCUAAACCUUCGCUUGAACAUACCACCGCUCGGUAGCACUCCGGUCGGUAGCCAAUCGACCGGCUCAAUGGUGCUGGAUCAGGAGACGGCUACUAUGACGGCGCGACCAGUGGCCACGUCGGUCUCAAAUCCGGCCAUGUAUCCAGCACAAAUGGCGGCACACCAUCAGCAUCACCAGUCUAAUCUGCUUCCUUCUCGAUACCUCGGACAGGAAGAAGCCAGCGAGCAGUUUUACUUCGAAUACUUUGACUACGGCGAUGACGAUGACGAUGAUGAGGAAGAGGACGAUGAGACGGGAGAUGAGUAUGAGGGAGAGGAUGGGAGGGAGCGGUUUGCGGAAUCAGAGGACAAUAACAAUAACAGCAGCAACAACGGAAGCAGUCACAACAACCAUCACAGCCAUCAUAACCACAACAACAACGGGGGUGGACGGUCAAGACCCGCGCUUCCACCCGCCCCCAAAACCCCAACACUGUCCCAGUCGAAGCAGAAAGCUAGUUCGCUCGAUUCCGACUCGAAGGUCAAGAUCUACAUCCCAUACGGUGUCAGCACCGGCUCGGUGAGCUGUAGCGGUGGUCUCAGCGUGAUGAGCAUCGCACAAUCACAACCGCAGGGCAUGGCCACCACGCACAAUACCUACGCUCAUCAGUCGCACCAUCAGCAUCAACAUCAUCAGCCAAUGGCAUUAGCACCGUCAUCGCACCAGACGCAAUAUGGUCACCAUCAGCAGCAGCAGCAACAUCAGGGACAGCAGCAGCAGCUGCAGCCUCGGCGUGUCUCUUCCGCUUCCGUGCCAACGACACCGAAACGGUAUCAGUACCGAUCGGCGAUCGGACACUCCUACUAUCACCAUCACUCCCAGCAUUACCAUCAGCAGCAGCAGCAGCAGCAGCAUUACCAAAGUGGACAAUCAAAACUGAAAGCAGCGUUUUGCGGCGACCAGGGGACGACGAUGCGAAAGGACAAAUCAGUAAUCGGACUGAACAACAGCAGCAGUAGCAGUACAACGUUGGGCACUGAGGAGGGCAAGGAGGGGGCCAGCAAAGUGCAAGCAGGUACUAGUGCCACCACUACCACCGGUCGAUCGAGUAUUUUACAGCGUCGUGGGUCCAACCAUAGCCUCACGCUGAACCUCGAUAUCUAUCAUCGAGGCGGAAGCGUGGAUCUGACGGGGUCGAACUGUAGCCUGCAGCAGCACCGUGGUUCGUACAAAAACCUCCAUCAAGCACACUCACAAUCACAGCUCUACCAGCAGUAUUCGGAUGCGGGCACGACGAUGGAUCGUGGUAGUACCGUGCGUGUUCAAUGCCAUCAGGCCUCGCCCCAAGGUGGCGGUGGUAAUACGGUUGGUGAAGCGGUAGGGAACGGGGCAACCACCGGUAUUGGUGGUGCACCAGCCAACAACAACAACAACAACAAUAACAACAACAAUGGUAGCAAAAAGAAUCUCCUGCAGCGGCGCGGAUCCAAUACGAGUCUCACCCUGAAUCUCCGCUCGGGUGUCGUAGGAGGUGGUGGCGGUUCGACCUUCGGAUUGAAUCGCUUCAGUAGCCACAACGCCCUGCAUACGACGCACAUGUCUGCGCUUGGUACGGGUACCGGAUCGUAUCUGCAGCAGCAGCAGCAACAGCAGACUGCAGGUCAUGGACAGCAUGGACAACAACACGGACAGUACGGACAGUCCGGAUCCGGGUUGGUGCGACCGGCUGGAUCAAGGAAGUCACUGCUCGAGCGACGCAACUCGAAUGCUAGCCUAACGCUGAUCAACGUGCACCAGCGUACGCUCUCGGUCUCGAACUGUAAUCUGCGAUCGGGCUCGAUCUGCAGCUUGAACAGCCUGCUAACAACGCACACCCAAAACGAAACAGGCGCUGGCGCCGGUGGUGCAAUGAUGCUGGAGGAAGAUGAACUCGAUUGUACGGGUGCGGCCGGUAGUGGAGAGCAUGAUAAUGGUCACGACUGUCACCGUCACCAUCAUCAUCACCAUCACCAUCAUCAUCAACACCAUAUGCACCAUCAGCAGGGAAUGUGUCAUCGUCAUCGAGGGGUAGGCGCUGGUGGUCGCUAUGGCGGCAGCAUUGAUGCUGGUAUCGAUGGUCCCAGCGAUGCUACUGCUGGUAGAUUGGAAUUGGCUGGAGAAACUGGUGCACCAGGUGGCCAGGGGCAUUGCGGACGGUCGAUUGGGGGACGCUUGACGAUAGCAAUGGGGCAGGGAACUUCGAUGGAUAUUGUUGGAUCGACCGGCGAAGGGGAAGCAGGUUGCUCCCAUCGUGACAGUGCUGGUGGAGUUGGUGCAAUAGACUAUCAACGACAUGGUAGGCAACGCAAAUUCCGCAGUUCCGAUAGCCUGCACAACAUCAAUGCUCGCGAGCAAGGACUGCAGAGCGGCUGUCUGGCGGUUCAGCGUGACACAAAUCUCGGCCAUCAAGAACAGCUUAUGACGGAAGCGAAGCUAAUGGCAUGUGGCAGUCGUUACGAAGAUCGUCAUCACUACGGAUCGUCGGAAAAUUUUAAGCAUCCUAGCAAUCGACUGUCGACCCAUCGUACACUGUUCCACAAGGAUCCAUCUACCGUGACGGCCGCUUCCUCGGCGAACAAUCUUACCGCACUUGGUACGGGUUCGCAGUGCUGCGGUAGCUCCUGUUGCUGUUGCUGCUGCUCCUGUUGUUGUUGCUUCUGCGGCGGCCAAUCCGGGGUCCAUGGUGCCGGAAUGCAUGGUGGUGUUCAUGGCGAUGGCUGCUGCGAUGGAAACGGUGGCGGGCUAAUCGUAAAGACGGGCAACCUCAGCAUCAGCAACUCGAACAUACGUAACAUCUCGACCAAACCGCUCAGCCCACAAACCACUAGCGAGGACUUUAAGAUUUACCUGGCCAACAUCCAGUUCCUGCAGAACGCCUCGAACGUCCUGACAAUCGCGUACCUGCGCAAAUUGCACAACUUUUUCAGCAAAACCUAUCGCAAAAUGGUGACCGCCGCUUCAUCGCACAAACCGUCGCAGGAUCAGCUAGCGCAGCGAAGGCAUUCGUCGUCGAAGCAACCACCACCACUCCCAUCCCCGCCGGUGACGGAUAAGCUUGAAGAAACUCGACAAACCGACCCGGAAACCGGUGGGGCGUGUUCGACGAAGAUGAUGCUACUGCACAGCGACAGUCUGCACCAUCCGCCCGUAUGCGAUGACGAGUCGUAUGAUGAGGAGCACAAGAAGAUGGUACUCAAGAUACACCAGGAGUUCUGGGACCUGCCGACCAACUACCAGGAGAAACCGCUCGUCUUUGGUUCGCAGGCAAAGAAUCGUUACAAAACCAUCCUGCCAAAUGAGCACUCACGGGUGAUACUGUCGCCGGAGCGUGCUUCCAUCGUUACCAGUGAACCGUAUAUCAAUGCCAACUACAUCAAGGGUCCGGAUUAUGCCAACAAUAGUUACAUUGCGACGCAAGGGCCACUGCCGAACACGAUUUAUGAGUUUUGGUUGAUGGUACAUCAGAACAUCGUUCGAACGGCGGCUGCUGCUACGGCGACGACAACUGCAAUGACCGAAAAUUGUAGUACGGAGUUCGAGCAGAAGAUAGUGAUGCUGACUAACUUUGUUGAAAAUGGUCGUCAAAAGUGCGCCAUCUACUUCCCCAAGACCGUUGGCGAAUGGCUCGCAUUCGGCUGCACGGCCGAUGUGGAUGUAAGCGGGGUGCUAGAGGAAAAGGACGCGAUCAAGCAGGCGACCGGUGGCCCAAUGACGGUACGCUGCGCUAGCAGCUUCUUCCUCGUGCAAAACAUUAUCCUAGAGCAGCGCAACGGAUACACCGUACGAACGCUCAGCGUAAUCUAUGGUUCUCGGGAGCGACCAGAGGCAGGUGUGAAACCUCCAACGACGGCCGAUGGUACAACCAGUAUCAGCAGCAAUGCCGCCGCGUCAUUUGACCUGAUUCACUUUAGGGCACAGCAUUACUGGUUUCCCGAUUGGCCUGAUCAUCGCUCACCGAACGACAUUAACGUGCUGCUGGACCUGAGCCUAGACGUGCUCGGUAGUAAUGUACGUGCACCCGGUUCAACGGGUGAUCUACCAGAAACUCCCGGUGCUUCGUCUCCGACCGUCGAUGUGCUGCCAAUCAUUCACUGCUCGGCCGGUAUCGGUCGAACGGGCUGUCUGAUUGCCAUACUGAAUGGUUUGCGCCAAUUGCGACUAUCGGUGAUGUCUCGGAUGGAUGGUGAUCGGAAGAGGCGGCUACGCGGUGAUGCUCAGGUUGACGCUUCGUCGCUGCUCUCCGUUGCUGCACCGCCAUCGCAUUCCGCUGAACAGCCAAAGGCUAUGAUGGAGGAAGUUGGUGGUGAUGACGCCGGUGGCUUCUUGGCGGAUGACGAUGGUUCGUUGGAACCAUCCAUUCCACUGCCACCGGUACCAUGUGGUAGAGGGAACGGCAGCAAAGCGACGAUGUGCAGUUCCGGUAGUAACGGUCGUAGUGGAAGUGGUGCCAGUAGCCUCUCACGUGAGAUAGGACAGGUCGAUAUACUGGGCAUCGUGUGCAACUUGCGAUUGCAGCGUGGAGGCAUGGUGCAGAAUUCGGAACAGUACGAGCUAAUCCAUCGGGCAUUGUGCCUGUAUCUGGAGAAACUGACACAGGAAAAGCGAGCGGUGCAGAGCGAUGGCGGUGGUUUGGGCGACAGAAACAGCACCUAGGAGGUGGCUUCUGGGCCCGCGAAGGCGCUUUUGGGCUUAUGUGCAAGUAAACAAUCUCUAGUUUAGUUGUUAGAUACACGUAUUGGGUUAUUAUACGGUAUAGGGGGGAAAUGGGGAUCGAUAAGCAGUAGGAAGCGUCUGUCGAGUAAGAAUACCAAAGAAGAAGAAUGGAAAAAUAAAAAGAUGGAAAGGCAACAACAGCAAGAAGAAAGGAAAAGUGAAGCACAGGGAGAGAGAGAAAGGGAGGUGGAAUUGAGAAUCUAAGUAGAAAUGAUCUAAGAGCAAAACUCGAAACAGAUAGGAAGAUGAGACAAAGUGACAAACAAGGGACACAGGUGAACACAUUUUAGUAAACCGAUGAAUAACCAUAACCAACACAACAAACACAUGCAUACAUACAUACGUACACACACAUACAUGAGCACAGUUUUGGAUUAAGCGAACGAAGAAUGGUGGUGGUGAGGGGAAACCGAGACGAUUUAUACGGACAAAUCCUACCAAACGGACCGAAACAUACACACUCCCUAGGAUCUUCUCUUCUCUUCUUGGGCGUUUCGGACGUUUUUGGGGAAGACGUAAUGCAUAUGCGAGAAGGAGCAAUGAUGAUUCAUAAGAUGUUUUAGAAGUACUCAUAACCACAACCCUCUCCCACCCCGCAUCUCCUGAAAUCGUAACUAAAUUAUUGCAUAGAUGGAGCCCAUAUAUACAUAUAUGAUAGGUAUAUCUAUACAUUUACAAAACAUCCCUAUGCCUAUAUACAUAUUCAUGUAUACGUGGUCUGCUGAAACAGUGUUAGGACUUUUGAGUUUUUGUAUUUUUGUCACCUAUCUAUUUUCUCUCUCGAUAAUCAAUUCUAUCUGCUUUUCGAAGUAACCUCCAUUAAGUUAUUAUUUACACUUGUGCCAACUACCAUUAAAAAAAAGAUCACCUUCUGUAUCAUGACACCUAGAAAACGAAAAUCGAACCUGCAUAAACUCUGCGGAAGCCGAAAAGUCCUAAUGCUUCUAUAUACGCAGACCACGUAUAUCCAUAUAUACAUAUAUAUGAUAAACUAAAAUCAAACUCUAGUGAAUUGGAACAAGGCUGGAACAUUUUGUGUUUAAUUUUGUUUUAAUGGAACUUCAUCAAGCAAAAGCAAGAUAUUAGCAUUUUGGGUAACGGAAAACGAACCUUGAACAGAGAGCGUGGAGCGGAGUAAAGUUUAAACAAGUCUACAUCCAAGAUAUGAUCGGUAUUUGAAGGGAGGUAAUAAGCCGCAAUUAAGGACUACUACGCCUUUACAGGUGAUUCGCUCUGGCUUUUGGUGUUUGGACUUGUAGCAGCAACAGUAGUAAUGGAAUUUGGAUGCUGCAUUAUGCAUCAAAGCAUGCCAGCCGAUCCCUGGACCCAGAACAGAGCCUGUUGGUUUAUUUGGCUUUUUUUGAAAGAGUGACACGUGCUUUAACACGGUAGCGCUGCUGUGAACGUUAUUGUUAUCAUCAUCCUUCUUUUUUUACCCUACCAAUUUGUACAGCCUUUACAUUUGAAUUGUACGGUUUAAUAAGAAAAACAGAGAGACACAUGGGAAUCAUUCACGCCACUUUUUUGUGCAGUUCGGUAACCGUCGCGAGACGAUGGAACCGAUCGGAUAUUUUAGUAAACGAAACUCGAAAUGCACAUACACACAGAACGAGAAUCCGGAAUCGGUUAACCAAAAGACAACGCAGCAGCAAAAAGGGAGGA